AUGAAGUCUGAAUGCCAUUUAUGCUAAAUGACUGUUCAAAACCUUGCGAAAUGCACAAAGACUCGUUGCCGCAAUUUUUUUUGUGAGAAAUGCAUCAGAGAAAAUUUCGAUAAAGGAUUUAUAUAUCAUAUUUCUUACAAAGAAGGCUGCUGGGUUUGCUACGCAUGCUAAAAUGUCUGUAGUUGCAAGCUUUGCAAAGGAGAAUUACUACUUUACAGCAAGAAAUCUCUAGCAAAGCGCAAGAAUAAGAAUAUUCAAACAGUUUAAUAGCCUUCAGUGAUAGAAAAAAGCAGCUCUACGACUUCAAACAUCUAAGAAACAGAAAAAGAAAAAGAUUCUAGUGAUGAUCUUCUUUCGCACAACUAUGAUUUCGAAAAAAGAUUAUCAUAAGAAGAGAACGAAACUUCAAAUAAUGCAUUUAAAUAUAACUUAAAACAACAAAGAUUGCUAAACUAAAAGAUUACAAAGUCUUUGCCUUCUUACAGCAAAGAAUACCACUCAAAUAAAUUUUAUAGAAGAAAAAUGCUAUUAAAAGUUCUAUGA